AUGAUUUGGAUAAAAUCCCAAUAUUAUUAUGUUUUUAUAUUUUUCAAUCUAAUCCAUUUAAAUGCAUGUGCACGACCAACAUUCGACACAUUAUUUCAAGUAUCAGACGAUAAAAUUACAGAUCCACUUACUGGUUUACCGGUAUCUACAGAAACACACGAACAUAAAGUAAACGUCACAAAGGAAAAGAUUUUGAAACAAGCCAAAGCUACACCGACUACGUCAUCAAAAUAUAUGAAUAUUGAUCAAGUUAAAGCUGUUGUAUUAAAUACAACAGCGAAAGUAAAUCAAACAUCAUGCAUUGCACUCAAUGUCAUUCGAUUUUUACAAUCUGUAAAAUGUAUGAAUAAUAGCAUUGAAAUGACUUUUGAUACUGCAGUUAACAGUGCUUAUGCAUAUCAACAAUGGAUUGAACGAAAAGUUUCAUUUAUUAAUGGUGGAAAAGAAUGGGAUUGUAAAAAUUCAACAACCGGAGAACCAAUGAUAAUUAUGAGAAAACUUAUACCAAGUACAUUUAUAUUGAACAAGAGUCUAAUAACUGUUAAUAUAACAAAUGAUACAAGCAUUACACCAAUUGUCUGUUUUGAAAGUUUAGCAAUGCAUCUAACAUCGGAACAAGAAUACCCUAAUCAACAAAACUCAAAUGGAGCGAGUACGAGUAAAACUACGACAACUAAAUCUACAACGAAACAAUCUAUUGGGAAAGCAUCGUCAAGCAAUUUUCAGCCAACAUCACCAGCUCAAGACGAUACUUUUACUCCAGGUGAUACGGCUAGAAUUUCAUGGUGGCAAAACAGUUAUGACAGCUCGUAUAACAAAUAUUUUAAAGUUAAAUUGAAACGUCAUCGACCAUUAUGGCUGGAUGCAGAAAUUCAGACUGCAACAUCAUGCACGGAUAUAACAUCGGGUGUUUGUUUUGAUCAAAUACCAUCAAAUGAUGCUUUAAGUGCAGACUUUUAUUAUGAAUACAGCUGGUGUGGUUGGUGGCCAUAUUGGUGUUCAGUAGAUGGUCCAUACUUUCAAAUUCCUGCACAUCGUGUUGGUGGAUGGAAUUACAAUAGCUAUUAUGAUCGAGCGGAGAGCCAAAAACAAAUUUUUUAUAUGGAUUGUUCAUCAACUUCAUCCAGUAUUAUUUCACGUUUAUGUGGUGAAGGUCGUCAAAUGUCAAUUGAUAUAACAUGCGCAAAUUGCUAUAUGAAGUAUGAUUAUAGUAUUUUUCGUUUGGAUCUUUUAGCAAGUGGUGGUCAACUUGGCAAAAUGAAUGUUACAUUAGUAUCAACAACAACAAUCAAUUUGGAAUUAUUAUUAACAUUUAAUUAUAUUUAUACAAAAUCAGGUGAAAUCUCAUUGGGAAAAUACCCUAUAUAUGGUUAUGGAUUUACUGUAUUGGGCUAUUCAUUUGAUUUAGGAUUUGUUCUUGAAAUGGAAUUACCCUAUAAAAUUCAAUUAGAUGCACUAGGUCAAGUAUCUGCAGGCUUGAAAUAUACAUUAGAUACGAAUAUUCAAUUGGUCACUUAUGGUUCUAGCAAAGCACCUAGUGUUUCUUGGUCAGUACAGAGAGAUUAUUAUCCAAUACAAGCAGAACUUAAAGCAAAACUUACAAUUGAUGUUGGCAUAAGGCCAACAUUAAGAAUUGGAGCUGUAGUAUUGUCAGUUGGUGUAACAACAGAAGGUUUUCUAAGUUUUCAAAAUGAAUUUCAAUAUCCACCAUUUUCUGCUCUAAGCACCUAUGAUUACAAUUACGACCUAGCAAAUCCAUCUCUAUUUCAUUUUAGUUAUCCAUCGGAUGCAUGCAUUUCACAACAUUUUUUACAAUAUCAUAUUCAAUUUGGUCUUCGAAAUACAUUAUUAAUAUUUGAUAUCACAUUAGGUCCCGUAAAUAGCAUAAUUCAAUAUUUUGCUGACACACAUUAUGAAAAACCAUUGAUAUCCGAUAUUGUAUGGGAAUUAUUAAGUGGUUGUUUAUUUAAGUCGUCUAGAACGGAUAGUCCACAGUCGAUUAAUCUUUAUUUAGAUAUACCACUCGAUACAUCUUCAUCUUUUUUGGACUACUUCAAGCCAUCGUUGACAUUCGAUUUAGGAAACGUUCUAAAGAUUGAUCCAACAAGAGUAUUGUUAAAUGGAGUUCAAUCUUAUUUUGAUCAAAAAUCAGGAAAAUCUGUUACAAAAGUUAUUGCAGCGUUAUUACCAUCAGUCAAGUCUCUUACUUCAGAUCCAACUGUACAAUCAUUAACUCAAACAUUAAUAUCACAAGAGAUGAGUCCAUCAUCAGCUCUGUAUACUGAUACUAAAUGGUUAAAAUUAUUAAUGAAAGAUUUAACAUUGGCAUCAAAUAAUACUGCUGCAACAACAACAACGCCAAGUGCAACAACACAAACGACUACACAAAAUCCAGCGGCAGCAUGUCCAUCGGGUAUCAUGAGGUAUGACUACUUAGUUGAACUUCAUAAUGGAACCGCCUUUGAUUUUACACACUAUCAGCACUCAUAUCGUGCAGUAUCUAAUCGAACAACAUUGUUAUUUGCAUUUGUUCAUUAUACAAGUCGAUGGGCACUAGAUGAUAUUUCUGUAACGCGCUUCAAUGCCACUAGCAAUUUAAUUGUGAAUGGUGGAUUCGAAGCCGGCACACUGGCUCCAUUUUCAUUGUGUCGUGCAUUGGCUUCGUCCUCAGCUAGAACACUUCCUUUUGGUUCUGGUAAAACUGGUAAUUACUAUUUCGUUGAUGAUAAUAAACAACCAUAUGACAUUUUAUGGCAAACAUUCAUCUCAAUUCCACAACAAGAGUAUGUGAUUACAUAUUCACUAGGAAAUUUUGGUCCAGCACCCAAUGCAUUUUUUGCAUAUCUCGGUGCAUUGAAUACUUCAGGUGAUAGCUUGUCAUUCACAGUGAUAUUAAAUAUUUCGUAUUAUAUAGAAAGCUCAUUGUUAUCAUGUCCAACUGGCAUCGUGAAAUAUGAAUACCUAUUUUAUCUUUAUAAUGCAACUGCAUUUAAUUAUACACGCUAUGAGCAAACAUAUCGUGCAUUAUCUGAUCGGACAACAUUGUUAUUUGCAUUUGUUCACUAUAAAAGCCAAUGGGCACUAGAUGAUAUUUCUGUUACGCGUCUCAAUACUACUACUAAUUUAAUUGCUAAUGGUGGAUUCGAAACUGGAACACUGGCUCCAUUUUCAGUGUGUCCUCCAUCGAGUACAUACUCAGCUGGGACAGUUCAGCGGGGUGAUACUAAAACUGGUAAUUACAGUUUCGUUGAUAGUAGUCAUCAGCCAUAUGACUUUUUAUGGCAAACAUUUGCCACUGUUCCACAACAAGAGUAUGUGAUUACAUAUUCCCUACGAAAUUUUGGUCCAGCGCCCAAUCUGUUUGUUGCAUUUCUUGCUGCAUUGAAUACUACGACGCAAACAACGAGUGCUGCAACAACUACACAACAGCCUACCACACGUAAGAGAUCUUUCAUUGUUGAAAAAUACGCGUAA